AUAAAUUCCUGUUAAUAUGGAUGGUCAGCCUUAUGCGUUCUCCAGACGUUAUCUUGAAGAGCUGGUCCGUGUAUUGAGUAGAAGGUAGAGGGAAAGAGAUAUACUAGUAGUGCAAUUAAAAAAUAACCGGGUAAUCGCUUCAAAUUAUGGAAUCAUCAGGUGAAGCAGGUAAAAGAUUAGCAAGAAAAAGAUUAUCUUCUGGAGGAAAAGGGAAACUAGCUUCGCCGUUAAAGAAAAGAAGGAAUACAAGAACAGGCAACAGUACGUCUGAUCCUCUUAAUUUAUCCGCUAAAGUAGCCCCGCCUACAAGGGACCCCGCCCAGUUGGAACACACUUUAGGAGAUCAACCCAACCCACUCCCAGAGCUGUUGCAUCACGACCCCCUCAACCUCGAGGGGAAAAUUGAUAAUUUCGAUUUGAUUGUUUCCGAGUUUAACAAGAAGCCACACCCAGCCGAGAAGCCGAGCUGCUCAAAAUCGGUUAAAAAAAGAAAAAGGCAACGAAAUAGAUCACAAUCGAGCAAUGACCAGUCUCUCCCGACUGCCCCUCCUGUCUCUUAUAAUGCUCAGCGUGCAAUAUAUCGCUAUGGCAACUAUACCCAGUACUAUGGCUACCGUAACAAAGGGGCAGAGCCUGCUAAUGAUGGACGAGUGAAGUUAUUGCAGGAAGAAUGGUUUCGAGAUAAAACAGUCCUUGACAUUGGGUGUAAUACCGGCUUGUUAACAAUAGCUGUUGCUUCUCUCUUCUCCCCUUAUAAAAUAACUGGGAUUGAUAUCGAUAAAAAACUUAUUAGAAUGGCUUGGAAGAAUUUGUACAGAGGGAAGGUGUCCAUUGUAACACCAGCUGGUCAGCCGUUUCCAAAGUCUUUGACGAUGAGGUACCUUCCACCUGCAAAAGAUCUUGUGACAUCGUCAAGUGAAGUUAUGAGAAACAUUGAAUUUGUUGAGGGUAAUUACGUACCAAGCAGCGAUGAAGAAAUAUCUUCAUUAUCGCCAGUGUAUGAUGUCAUAAUGUGCAUGAGUGUCACUAAAUGGAUUCAUCUCAAUUGGGGUGAUGAUGGAAUAAAGAGAUUGUUUAAAAAGAUAUAUCAAGAGCUGAAACCAAACGGAAUCUUAAUACUGGAACCGCAACCUUGGUCCUCUUAUGCCAAGAGAAAGAAGCUAACAGAGGGUAUUUUUAAUAAUUACAAGACAAUAGAGUUAUUUCCAAGUCAGUUCACUUCUUAUCUAAUGUCGCCAGAGGUAGGAUUCACUUCACAUACUUAUCUUGGAAAAUCCGACAAUAACAGCUCAGGUUUUCAACGAUGCAUACAUGUUUAUAAGAAGUCGUCAUGUGAUCUUUUGCCUCAAGCCACACCCACUGAUGCCAACGAUUGCAAGGCCACACUCACUAAAGAGACCACACCCAUUAAAGGGACCACACCCACCAACAUCGUAUGAUAAUAAUUAUUAUUAUGGUAGCAAUUCAAUCAACACAUUCAAAAAUAAAUAAGUUAAAGUCCUUUAUUAAAAUACACUUUU